AUGUUGAAUGCAAUGGAUGAUUUACUUGCUGCUACGAAGAGAGCAUCCAGGAUUUUAGCGAUGAUGGUUGGGAAGGUUAAAGUGGCCUUAUUUUGUGAUCAACAUAAUAUUCCUCUUUCUGAAAUGAAUAUCAAGCAUCAUCUUCUUACAUGGUAUCAUAGUACUCUACGAUCCUCACGGCCCAAACUUCUUCUUCUUCCUCAUCGUAUUCAUCUUCUUCCGCUGCAAUACUUCAUGGCCGACACUCCAAAAUACCACCCUGCAUUUGCCAUCACAAAUGUCAAAUCACUUAUUCCGAUUACCUUGGACACCGCCGGAAUGUAUCACUCUUGGGCCGCCCUCUUCAAAGUUCUUUGUAGGGUUCACGACCUUACGAAUCACAUCAUACCUCCAACUGACGCCACGGAGCUCAGUGCAUAUGAGAAUUUGAAAUCGGCAGACUUGGUCUAUUGGAAACGUCUUGAUGCUGCAGUCCUCAAUUGGAUCUACGGUUCCAUUUCUCCUGACCUUCUCACUGCUAUCCUUCUCAAAGAUGAUACUGCUCAAAGUGCUUGGGCUCGUCUCGAGUCUAUGUUUCAAGAUAACAAAGCAUCCAGAGCGUCUCAUCUCGAACAAGAACUCGCUGACCUUGAUUUCGACAAUUUCUCAUCUAUUGACGGUUAUUGCAAUCACAUCAAAUCCCUCGCUGAUCGUCUUGCGAAUGUUGAUGCUCCGAUUCCCGAUACCCGUCUUAUUCUUAAACUUACUGCCGGAUUACCCGAAGCAUACGCCGGUACGGUGGACUUCAUCCAAAAUCAGGAACCCUUGCCCUCCUUUGAAUCAUGCCGAUCUCGUCUUAAAUUAGCUGAGCGUACCAUCAAAAAUCGAUUAGCCAAGGAAGGUGGCUCCCAUGGCCGUUCACCCACUGCUCUCGUCUCUACCACCGGUAAGAACCACUCAGACUCCUCUGCUUCUCGUUACAACAUGAAUAGCAAGCAAAAGAAAAAGCCUUCCAAGCCUUUUAAUAAGGCUGCUCAAAAUUUUAGUGGGCCGGCCCAACAACAAAAUAAUUUCAAUGGUCAACCUUGGUUAUUUCAGCAAAGACCAAACUCCUAG